AUGAAAUAUAGUAGCUUGAACAUGGAGAAGAAAAUAAAAAAAGUGUAUAAAGAUAAAAAAUUAUUAAGACAAUUUAUGAUUGUUUGAUUGUAAUAUCAGUAUUAUUGCUCUUUACUCUUUUGAAAUUGUGUCAACACGAUCGUACUUCCUGCCAAUCGACGACGUACAAUGCAGAACAUCAAAUGCGGCUCCGCAUUUCGCGGCUCUGCAAUGAUGAACGCUAUAAGAUAAUUGCCGUUUCGCUAGCAUAGAUGCAAAUUACAAUAAAAUUAAUGAUCACGUAUGUCCCCUUAGUAAACGAAAUAGAUAGCACAUGUAUACAUUCGCCGCCUUCGAUGGAUUGUCGUGCAGUAUCGCACAUACAUUUAUUUCCAGUAUUUUACAUCUCGAAAUUGUCGUCCAUUUUGAUACAUGCUUUAUCAUCUAUCAAUAUUUGAGCUCAAUGAUCACAGAACAAACGCAUAAAAACGCGAUAUGUUCAUGUGAGUCGCGAGUAGAGAAACAGAAUUGCAAGGAAAACGGGCGAAUUACCAGCCGAUUGACAAGAGGGUCCGAAAUAAUUACACAGAAGUCAUUCGUUUCCUUAGAAAGCGCUUGUAAAUGCAAAAAGCAACAUCCGUGAAGACGAAGUCUGUAAAAAAUUGAAAUAAACUCAAUCGCCGAUAUAAUCGAAGUUUUGACCACGCUCACAGGUUUCGUUCAUCUUAAGUUAAUUCCUAUACAACUUGCGCUCUAUCAACAUGGAUUUCGGGAACGUGAAUUCUUUAAAUAAUCGAGUGAACCUGCUGUCAGGCAACCUGCUGCCGAUAUUAAGCGGUGAUUAUGCAUUUCCGCUGCACUGGCGCGUAUACAAUACCGUUGUUUGGCUAAUCGAACUGAUCCAUACCAUCGCUCUGAUCUUCGGGCUCGUUUUAACGCCGCGGGAAAAAGCUCUGAAGGACGGCACUGUGUGCGUCGUAGUCACCUUGGAGGCGUCCUUUAUGCUCACACGACUUUACAGGCGCAGAAAGCUAUUGGAACGAAUAAUCGGCAAGCUGAACGACAUUCUGCGCGACUCGGACGAGACGAUGAAGGACAUAGUGAGGUCGACUUUGAGUCUGAUAAUAAAACCGUUUACAGUGUACGGUAUAGUAAGCGCGUCAACCGUUAUCAUAUGGACUAUACAGCCAGUUACGAAGGCCUUCGGCAAGGACACUUUCUUCUACACGGAUUACAACUUGCCGACAGCAUUCACUACCGAGCCGUUCUCGCGUAGUGUGCUGCUUGCAUCCACCGUCGUCAUGACAAUCGGCAGCGUACUACUGUUCCUGAAGAAAUACGGUGUGGACGUAUACAUGAUGCAUCUAGUGCUGAUGUUGACCGCGCAGUACCGAUACACGGCGGAGAAACUGACGCUGUUGUUUCGAAAUUCACAGAGAGAUGAUCGCGUCGAUGAGUGUCGCGACAAGACGGUUUGUCGGAACGGGACGAAUUGGCAGACGGAAAGGGAGCUGAAAGCAUUAUGUCGCCACCAUAACACGGUUUUACAAAUAUCGUUUAUGUUGAGGCAACUGCUAUCUGUGAACUUCAGUUUAUUGUACGUAAACAGCGUCUUUCGCUUCUGCUUUAUAGGUAUCCUAAUGAGUACAAUACCAUUGCUGACUUUUGCUGAAGGAAUUUCCAUUAUUUUGUUCUCACUCGGCUCGGUAAUACAAUUCUUCCUGCUGUGUUCCUUCGUACAAACGCUGUCGGACGCGAGUACGAAAAUAACGGAUAAAGCAUUCGACGAAAACUGGCAUCAGUAUGGUUCAUCAAUAAAACGUACAUUUUUAUUACUGAUAAUGGCCAAUAAUUUGAAGUGUCAAAUUUCGGCGAUUGAAAAGUUUAAUUUGUCUCUGCCCUCUUUUAUGACGAUCAUGAACCAAUCAUACUCGAUCGCUCUUUUGUUUCUAAGAGCAAAUUGA